GCAAUUGACUUGAAGAUGACCCUAGCAAUUCCCGGUCCAUUUAGUUGUGUACAUGCUUCGGAUAUCUAGAUUCUUUCUUGUCACCAGGAUACAUUUCCUCCCACUCUCAACGGCCAGGAACUAUGAGGAUUUGGCGUUGAAGCUAGGGAGUCGAGGAAUCCGCCAGCUGCAGGCUGAGAUUGCGCCAGAGACUGUAGAUCGCGAAAAGGCAACAGGCCCUCUGAAUGAAUCCAAUGUGCCUGCUAUCACAUGGAGGUCUUUAGUACUGGGGACAUUUGUCUCAAUUGGUGGUAUUAUUUUCCUUGAGAUGAACGUCUUCAAGAGGGAGUUUGGCCAGCUUCAAGGUGACGGGACCUACGCGCCUAGCAACGUGCGGUCUGGUCUUAUCGUUUCCCUGCUGUGUAUCGGGACAUUGAUAGGAGCUUUGCUGGCGGGCCCAUUGGCAGAUCGAAUUAGCCGCAAGUGGUCUAUUUGUUUCUGGUGUGUUAUUCUCCACGUCGUUCUCAUCAUUCAGAUUUCAUCCUCCGGCACCAAAAUGGUAUCAACUGAUGAUGGGCCGCUUUGUAACCGGGUUUGGCGUGGGUGCCUGUUCGUUGCUCGUUCCUAUGUAUCAAGGCGAAAGCUCCCCUCGACAUAUUCGGGGUGCGAUGGUUUGCUAUUUGUGACUAUCGGCAUCUUUGUGGCACAUUGCAUAAACUAUGGCACCGAGAGUAUCCGGAACAGUGCGUCCUGGCGUAUUCCGCUCGGCAUUACGUUUUUCUGGGGUCUUUUACUGGGCGUAGGGAUUAUCUUCUUCCCAGAAAGCCCUCGUUAUGAAUAUCCCCACGAACGUAUAGAAGAAGCAAGCAAAACAACGACGAAGCUCUACGGGGUACCUUUGAACCAUCGGGUCAUCAUCAAAGAUCUGGCCGAAAUGAAGGAACAGCUGGACGCAGAGAUGACUUCCCAGGGUGGCUGGCAUGCGUGGGUUGAGAUGUUCCAGGGCUCUCGUAUGUGCUAUCGCAUUAUGCUUGGUGUCGUACUCCGGGCAUUGCAGCAGCUGACCGGCGCAAACUAUUUCUUCUACUAUGGCACCGUGGUAUUCAACGGGGCUGGCAUAAGCAACAUCUAUGUCACGCAAAUGAUUCUCGGCGGUGUAAAUUUCGGCACCACCUUUGGGGACCUCUAUGUUAUUGAGCAUUUUGGGCGACGCAAGUCCCUCAUCAUGGGUGGGAUUUGGAUGUUCGUUUGUUUCAUGAUGUACGCCUCGGUUGAUCAUUUCUCCUUAAACGUCAACGAGCCCUCUCAGACGCCCGGUGCCGGCAAGGCGAUGGUGGUCUUUGCCGGCUGUAUCUUUGCGGCCGUGCUGAUCGUCUAUUUUUUUCGUUCUGGAGGGCAAGGGCAAAACUUUGGAGAUUGA